AUUUUGGAAAGAGUUAAUAUCACAUGGCCGCAUCGGCGCCUUUACCUCCUUCCCGUCAGUUUCUUUUACCUCCAUUUUGUUUUCCUGCUCAGCUCCUCAGGAACGACGACGACGUUUUAGUAUUACAAAGUAAAUCAAAGGCGACUAUGGGUUCUUGUAGAAAGAAGAAUUUUGGGAGUGGCAGCUUUGUGUCGAAUUUGAGGGAUCACAUUCAUGAAUUUAUUCAUGCCUCAAUGGAUGAACACAGAACUUGCAUGAAAGAGACAGUGCGGAAGAUGUUUGAAAGGGCAAAACUUUACAGAGAAAAGAGUGGCGGUGGCCCAAAGGAAGGAGAAACACGACUGCCUUUGCAAACAACUACAGAUUAGGAACAUUUUGUGAGCUUUUCUGUUUUCUGGGUUGCAGAGAAAAUAGUCGUGUAAGACAUUUUUGAGAUUCUUAUCUAGCAUUUAUAUAGGUUAUGUGAUUGGCAUGAAUGACUAGAAAUGUAUAGAAAGCAAAUGCUAGAGUUCUUAUCAAUCAAUUGCUAUUGCUCAUGUGCGUGUGAGUGACCGACGGGGCAAACUUCGUGAUGACUGGAAUGGGAAUAUAGUUUAGUUGUU